AUGGGCAAGUUGUUUAGUGAAUCAUCAAAUCUUGAUAGAGUGCUAUUAUUAUUAUUUUGUAAAGUUGUUGGAGGUGUAGCUGUACUUGGUGCUUCUGGUGGUAUUGGACAACCUCUCUCUUUACUUCUUAAACUUAACGAAGCUGUAACAGAACUUGCACUUUAUGAUAUUGUAAAUACUCCUGGUGUGGCUGCUGACUUGAGUCAUAUUAACACACCAGCAAAAGUUCAAGGAUACUUGCCAAAUGAUGAUGGACUAAAAAAUGCAUUGACCAAUGCACACACUAUAAUUAUUCCUGCUGGCAUUAAUGCAGGGAUAGUUCAAAAAUUAGCAACAGAUAUUGCUAAAUAUGCACCAAAAGCUUUCAUUCUUGUCAUUUCCAACCCAGUAAAUUCCACAGUUCCAAUUGUUGCAGAAGUGUUAAAGAAAUAUAAUGUGUUUGAUCCAAAAAGACUUUAUGGAGUAACCACACUUGAUAUAGUCCGUGCUUCCACUUUCAUCAGUUCAAUUUCAGGUGCUGACCCUCGUGAAAUUCGUGUUCCUGUGGUUGGUGGUCAUAGUGGUGUCACAAUUAUUCCACUUUUAUCUCAAGUCUCGCCAUCUCACAAAUUCACUCAAGAACAAAUUGCCUCAUUAACAAAGCGUAUUCAAUUUGGUGGUGAUGAAGUUGUUAAAGCAAAAGAUGGUGCAGGAUCUGCCACACUUUCUAUGGCUCAUGCUGGUGCUGUAUUUGCAUCUUAUAUUUUCGAUGCAACUAUAAAGGGUAAAACUGGUAUAGUUGUACAAGCUUAUGUCAAUAUUAACAAAAUUCACCUCAAGGAUAAAAUUGAUGGUUUAGAAUAUUUUUCUUUAAAUAUUGAAUUAGGUCCAAAUGGUAUUUCAAAAAUUCAUCCAAUUGGUGAUAUUUCUGAAUAUGAAAAGACUCUUCUCAAUGCUGCAAUUCCUGAAUUAAGAGCAAAUAUUAACAAAGGUGUUUCAUUCAUACAAGAACAACAAUAA